CGCGGCGAAGGGCAGCAAAGGCGGUGGGUGAGGGCGGCGGCGGCGGCUCCUGAAGCGCACCCGGCGGCUACAGCGAGGCUGCGCGGCAGGCACCAGCGGACACCGGCGGACACCGGCAGGCGAGGCCGGCGCGGGCUGUAGGCGUCGGCAGCAGCUCGGUGGCGGCUCAGGCGGCGAGGAUGCUGCCGGGGAGGCUGUGCUUGGUGCCGCUCCUGCUGGCGCUGGGCGUAGGGAGCGGCGGCGGCAGCGGCGACGGCGGGGACAGCCGGCGGCGCCGCCUCCUCGCGGCGAAAGUCAAUAAGCACAAGCCAUGGAUCGAGACAUCGUAUCAUGGAGUCAUAACUGAGAACAAUGACACUGUCAUCUUGGACCCUCCACUGGUAGCCCUGGAUAAAGAUGCCCCAGUGCCUUUUGCAGGGGAAAUCUGCGCAUUCAAGAUCCAUGGGCAGGAGCUGCCCUUUGAGGCUGUGGUGCUCAAUAAGACGUCUGGAGAGGGCCGGCUCCGUGCCAAGAGUCCCAUCGACUGUGAGCUGCAGAAGGAGUACACAUUCAUCAUCCAGGCCUAUGACUGUGGUGUGGGGCCUCGGGAAGCAGCCUGGAAGAAGUCACACAAGGCUGUGGUCCACAUCCAGGUGAAGGAUGUCAAUGAGUUUGCGCCCACCUUCAAAGAGCCAGCUUACAAGGCCAUCGUCACAGAGGGCAAGAUCUAUGACAGCAUCCUGCAGGUAGAAGCCAUUGACGAGGACUGCUCCCCCCAGUACAGCCAGAUUUGCAACUAUGAAAUUGUCACAACGGAUGUGCCUUUCGCCAUUGACAGAAAUGGCAACAUCAGGAACACAGAGAAGCUGAGCUAUGACAAGCAACGCCAGUAUGAGAUCCUGGUAACUGCUUAUGACUGUGGACAGAAGCCCGCCGCUCAGGAUACCCUGGUGCAGGUGGACGUGAAGCCAGUGUGCAAGCCUGGCUGGCAAGAUUGGACCAAAAGGAUUGAGUACCAGCCUGGCUCAGGGAGUAUGCCCUUGUUUCCCAGCAUCCACCUGGAGACGUGCGAUGGAGCUGUGUCCUCCCUCCAGGUCACUGCAGAGCUGCAGACUAAUUACAUCGGCAAGGGCUGUGACCGCGAGACCUACUCUGAGAAAUCCCUUCAGAAAUUAUGUGGAGCAUCCUCAGGCAUCAUUGACCUCUUACCAUCCCCUAGUGCAGCUACCAACUGGACUGUGGGACUCCUGGUGGACAGCAGUGAGAUGAUCUUCAAGUUUGACGGCAGGCAGGGUGCUAAGAUCCCUGAUGGGAUCGUGCCCAAGAACCUGACAGACCAAUUCACCAUCACUAUGUGGAUGAAACAUGGCCCCAGUCCCGGCGUGAGAGCUGAGAAGGAAACAAUCCUCUGUAACUCAGAUAAAACGGAAAUGAACCGGCAUCACUACGCCCUGUAUGUGCACAAUUGUCGUCUCGUCUUCCUCCUGCGGAAGGACUUUGACCAGGCAGACACCUUUCGCCCUGCAGAGUUUCACUGGAAGCUGGACCAGAUUUGUGACAAAGAAUGGCAUUACUAUGUCAUCAAUGUGGAGUUCCCUGUGGUCACCCUGUACAUGGAUGGAGCAACAUAUGAACCAUACCUGGUGACCAAUGACUGGCCCAUUCAUCCAUCUCACAUAGCCAUGCAACUUACUGUCGGCGCCUGUUGGCAAGGAGGCGAAGUGGCCAAACCACGGUUUGCACAAUUUUUCCAUGGCAGCCUUGCAAGUCUCACAAUCCGUCCUGGCAAAAUGGAAAGUCAGAAGGUGAUUUCUUGUUUGCAGGCCUGCAAAGAAGGGCUGGAUAUUAAUUCCUUGGAAAGCCUUGGGCGAGGAAUAAAGUAUCACUUCAACCCUUCACAGUCCAUCCUCGUGAUGGAAGGCGAUGACAUUGGGAACAUCAACAGAGCCCUCCAGAAAGUCUCCUACAUCAACUCCAGGCAGUUCCCAACAGCAGGAGUCCGGCGCCUCAGACUCUCUUCCAAAGUCCAGUGCUUUGGGGAAGAUGUGUGCAUCAGCAUCCCAGAUGUGGAUGCCUACAUCAUGGUCCUGCAGGCCAUCGAGCCCCAGAUCACCCUCCAGGGAACAGAGCGUUUCUGGAGACCUGCUGCCCAGUUUGAAAGUGCCAGAGGAGUGACUCUCUUCCCUGACAUCAAAAUUGUGAGCACCUUUGCCAAGUCCGAGGCCUCUGGGGACAUGAGAGCCACAGGCUCAGCCCCAAAAUCAGCAGUCUUGGAAGAAAUGCUACACAACUUGGAUUUCUGUGACAUUUUGGUACUUGGAGGGGACUUGGAUCCAAGACAAGAGUGUUUGGAACUCAACCACAGUGAGCUCCACCAACGACACCUUGAUGCCACCAACUCCACUGCUGGCUACUCCAUCUAUGGAGUGGGGUCCAUGAGUCGCUAUGAACAAGUGCUGCACCACCUCCGUUACCGAAACUGGCACCCCACUUCCCUUGAGACCCGGAGGUUCCGGAUCAAGUGUUCAGAACUCAACGGGCGUUACACUAGCAAUGAGUUCAACCUGGAGGUCAGUGUCCUCCAUGAAGUGAGAGUCUCGGAUAAGGAACAUGUCAACCACCUUAUUGUGCAGCCGCCCUUCCUCCAGUCUGUCCAUCACCCUGAGACCCGGAGUAGUAUCCAGCGCAGCUCAGUGGUCCCGAGCAUCGCCACUGUGGUCAUCAUUAUCUCCGUGUGCAUGCUAGUGUUUGUUGUGGCCAUGGGUGUGUACCGAGUCCGAAUUGCCCACCAGCAUUUUAUCCAAGAGACUGAGGCUGCCAAGGAGGCUGAAAUGGAUUGGGAUGACUCUGCACUGACUAUCACAGUCAACCCUAUGGAGAAACAUGAAGGACCAGGGCAUGGGGAAGAUGAGACUGAUGGAGAGGAAGAAGAGGAAGCAGAGGAAGGCGGGAGCUCCAGCAGCAGUGGCUCUGAUGACAGCGAAGAGGAGGAAGAGGAAGGGAUGGGCAGAGUCAGACAUGGGCAGAGUGGCACCAGCUCUCAAAGCCCUGAAAGAAGUACCUGGAACACAGCGGGAGUCAUAAACAUUUGGAAGUGAAGCAUCUAGCUUGUCCUUGCUUGGUGAAGACCCAGUAUAUCACUAAACUCCAUACUGAUUGAACCAUAUAGAAACAGGUCAACCAUGCAGAUCUCCUAGCUUAGAAAAGCCUUUGUGAAUUCUCAUAUUCUGUGCAGUAGUCAGACAAUGGCAGACACUGGAUCUGAGUCUUAGGUAGUGAACAGUGACAGUGUUUCACACGGUUGCUUGUACAAAUUUAGAACAUAUCUGAGUAACACCCACAAUGCUGUUUCUACAGAGUAGUCUGCCCAAACCUACCACUGUCUCUGCCUUUCCCUAAGUACUUGCUAAAUACUGUUCACUCUCUCAUCUUCUGUCAUUGAUGCUGGACUAAAUACAAAGAUUCUGGGUUCAGCCAAUCUCAGACCCUUUCCUCCUCCCAUCUCUGGAAAAAUGAUGUCACCAUUUUAAAGCCUUGUAUGAGAAACCUGUUUGUUCCCAGCUCCUCAACCUCAGUGCAUGGAAAAGGCCUGAGAUGGGCAGGCUGCUUGCUCUGCUGGAAUCUCUCUGGGGUUCACUCUGCAGGGAGAAAGAACGGCCUCAUUGUAUGCAAUCACCUUCUAUCUGCACCUGACUGGAAGUAGUCUAAUGGUCAGUGCAGCUGGCAUGUCUUUACCAGGAGCCAGCUGCACUUGGGGAUUGUGUGUUCUUGGCACACAGCAAACUUCUGAGCUUCUUGGGCUGCCUCCAAGAAUGAAUCUCCUUAGUCUACAAAAUGUAUUUAUUUGGUAACUAUGCUACUGUGUGUGUAUGAGUCUGAUACAAUGCAAACCUUGAAAUGUCUUACUAAAAGGAAUUAUGAAUUCAUAGAAAAUUGAAUCCAACCUCAGAACAGCACAUUAUGUUGCUGGUCAAUAAGGUUGCCCAGCCACAGGGGACCAGAGAAAAACCUUCCCCUCCCACCCCUUUCCUUGGUACCCUCUACCUGCCUAAUUGCCUACUAGGUUCUAACUAAUGCAGAGUGAGGAGUGCUGGGCGAGUACAUGUACAUAGAGAUUUAAAAGGGAAAUAACCUGUGGGGGAAUCAGUUGAGUUUCUUCCCAUGACUGUGAUCUUAUCAUGCCUGAAUCCCAAACUUUAAAUUUCUAACAAUUUCGAUUCUUGGAGUUUCUGAGUAAUUUGUUAAAUGCCUAUUCAACACAGACAGAUAUUUAUUUUCAGCCUUGGCUUGUAAAUGCCUACAAACUGAUUCAUGCUGGUGGUCGUUACGACACUUCUGUGAAUUGGUUGAAUAAAUAUGAUUUUAGAAUUUCACAGUAA